GCUCUCCUACCAGAGAAAUGAUGAUGAUGAAGAAGAAGCUGCCAGAGAACGUCGCCGACGGGCUCGACAGGAGAGGCUGAGGCAAAAGGAAGAAGGAGAUCUAUCAGGAGAAGUAACAGAGAAAUCAGAAGUCAAUGCCCAAAACAGUGUGGCAGAAGAGGAAACCAAACGUUCUACAAGCACAAGGGACGCAGAUGACGAAGCUGCAUUGUUGGAGAGACUGGCAAGACGGGAGGAGAGACGCCAAAAACGUCUGCAGGAAGCCCUGGAACGUCAAAAGGAAUUUGACCCCACGAUCACAGAUGGGAGCUCGUCAGUGCCCAGCAGGAGAGAAGUAAACAAUGUGGAAGAAAAUGAGACCACAGUGAAAGAGGACAAGGCUGAAACACGUCGAGGACGCUAUGAGAUUGAGGAAACAGAAACGGUUACCAAAUCAUACCAAAGGAACAACUGGAGGCAAGAUGGGGAAGAAGAGGAAAAAAAAGAAGAAAAAAACAAGGAGGAGGUACAGGCGGAAAAACCAAAGGAGGUCUCCAUAGAGGAAAAUCAGGUAGAUGUGACAGCAGAAAAAUCCACAGAUAAAGAAGAGGUAGUAGAGACAAAAAAUCUAGCUACAAAUGCAGAGGAACACAAAGCAGAGAAUGAUACAAAUGCUGUGCUGGACAGGGAACAGAGUAUAACUGAUACUGCAGACAAAGAAAAGCUUAGGGAUGAGGAAAAGGCUGAGGAAGAAAGGAAGGAAGCAGAAGAAAGGCAGAGGUUAAAAGCAGAGGAAGAAAAGAAGGCAGCUGAGGAAAAACAGAAAGCAGAGGAGGAGAAGAGGGCAGCUGAGGAAAGAGAAAAGGCUAAGGCAGAGGAGGAGAAGAGGGCAGCUGAGGAAAGAGAAAAGGCUAAGGCAGAGGAGGAGAAGAGGGCAGCUGAGGAAAGGGAGAGAGCUAAGGCAGAAGAGGAGAAGAGGGCAGCUGAGGAAAGAGCAAGGGCUAAGGCAGAAGAGGAAAAGAGGGCAGCUGAAGAAAAGGCUAAGCUAGAGGCAGAGAAAUUAAAGGAAAAAGAAAAGAUGGAAGAAAAGAAAAUAGAAGAUAAACAGGUAAAAGAGAAGAAAGUACAAGAGGAAAAACCUCAAGCAGCUUUCCUAAGAAAACAGGGGGAAGAAAAAGAGGUUAAAGUGGAAGCUAAAAAGGAAAAGUUACCAGAUGAGAAGCUCCCACCUACCUCCAAAAAAGAUCAGGUAAAAGAUGACAAGGAUAAAGGAAAAGCACCCAAAGAGGAAAUGAAAAGUGUCUGGGAUCAUAAGAAGGGAGUUCCUGAACAAAAGACACAGAACGGAGAACGUGAACUCUCUGCCCCCAAACUUAAAUCUACUGAGAAUGCCUUUGGUCGCUCCAAUUUGAAAGGGACUGCAAAUACUGAGGAAACAAAGGCGGAGUUGGAGAAGCUGAAGGAGAAGCAGCAAGAGGCAGCAGCAGAGCUGGAUGAACUGAAGAAAAGGCGGGAAAAGGAAGAAGAGGAGCAGAAGAAGAAGCAGGAGGAGGCUGAAAGAAAAGCCAGAGAGGAGGAGGAAAAGAGGAGGAUGAAGGAGGAAAUUGAAAGGAGAAGGGCUGAAGCUGCUGAGAAACGUCAAAGGAUGCCAGAAGACGGCGUAUCUGAAGACAAGAAGCCGUUUAAAUGUUUCAGUCCUAAAGGUUCAUCUCUCAAGAUAGAGGAGCGAGCAGAAUUUUUGAACAAAUCCGCUCAGAAGAGUGGUAUGAAACCCACCCACACAACAGCAGUUGUCUCCAAGAUCGACAGUAGACUUGAGCAAUACACUAGUGCAAUUGAGGGCACAAAGGCUGCAAGACCAGCUAAGCCAGCACCCUCUGACCUUCCUGUUCCAGCCGAGGGUGUUCGUAAUAUCAAGAGCAUGUGGGAGAAAGGGAAUGUUUUUUCAUCACCCUCUGGGACAGGAACACCAAAUAAGGAAACUGCUGGACUGAAGGUUGGUGUCUCCAGUCGUAUCAACGAGUGGUUAACCAAGACCCCAGAGAGCAACAAAUCACCCGCUCCAAAACCUUCUGAUUUAAGACCAGGAGAUGUAUCCAGCAAGCGUAAUCUCUGGGAGAAGCAGUCAGUUGAAAAAACAGCUUCUUCUUCUUCUAAGGUAUCAGCUCUGGGGAAAAAAUCAGAGACUAAUGGUUUGAGACAAUUUGAGAAAGAACCGUAGAAGGCCACUAAAGAUGCUGGACCAACCAGUUGGG